UUGAGCGAAAGAAAGAAAGAAAGAAAGAAAGAAAGAAAGAAAGAAAGAAAGAAAGAAAGAAAAACAUAAUUUAUCAAACGGAACUCCCCAUAUCACAUUCAGAACGAAAGUUAACUUGCUCUGGAAAUCCUCCUGCACGGUUUAUGAUCUUGUCCGCACUGCGGUAUACGUGUGCAUGCAGGUCGGGGAGCCAGUGAUACUGCGGACCGGUAAACGUUUCCAACAGAUCUGAAGAAAGCCUGAACACAGUUAUAACAAUGCCUGUGAGAGUGGGAUUCAUAAUUGGAUUUUGUUUAGUGGUCGCUUGUGUCGCUUUUUCAGUAUUGCGUCACCGCCCUUCCUCUAUGGGAUGUUCCGGGCACGCCAACACAUACCAUCGUAUUCCUGGCGAUGAUGUCGAAAAGAAAAAGAAAAAGAAAACCGGCCAGAUUAAAAAAAUUCUAAAAGAGAGAUACGAAACGUGAGCCAGCAGCCCCGGCAUCCACGCAGAAUUCAGAAAACUAUGACAUGAGUGGAAGGCGUGAGGCUUACAUUGUGUGCGUCAAAGAGCGGAGACCAGGGGCAGAGGAGGAUCUGCAAAUCAUGAAGAAGCUGCUUCUAGACUAUAAGUUUACCUGCCAUGAACUCGUGGACCCGAGCGCAAAGGGCAUCAUCGAAGGGUUGCGUGAAUUUAGAGACGAACUGAACGGAAAAAAAGAAAACGUGAGCUGCUGUUUUGUCGUUAUCAUGGCCCACGGGAGGCUUGGACAGAUCGUCGGGCGAGACGGAGAGGCGGUGAGUCUGGAGGCUGUGUUUGAGCUCUUCGAUAACAAGCAGUGCAGUGCGCUCCGAGAGAAACCCAAAGUGUUCAUCGUGCAGGCAUGCAGAGGAGAAUCAAAUUUUCCAGGAUUCAAUAAUGCGGAUGCCACCAAACAUGGAACCCCAAUUUCCGAGGACAGGCUGCCGAUAAAUUCUGAUACCCUGUCUGUAUAUGCGACGAUACCAGGUGGCGCAGCUCUCCGAAGCAAAAAACGUGGCUCGCCGAUGUUCAACGAGAUGGCAAAUAUCUUUCCCAAGUACGCUGAUAAAUGCCAUAUAUAUGAGCUGUUUACAAAGGUGAACAGACGCUUGAAUGAAGUCGAUUUUAGUGAGUUUUAUGAAAAGGACACGGAACGAGUGGCGGUGCGCAGAGAGGCUCUGGCGCUAAGGAACAGGAAGGGACUCGAGAACAGAGACAGCUCUGGGCUCACCUUACACAUCUGUUCAAAUCUGGUCAAACGUGUGUACCUUGCUCCGUAGCCUGUUUCAGAGCUCUGUUUGAAAUGUCCGCUCUAGUGCUCUGGUGAUAGUGUCAGGAUUUUUGCCCACAUGGUCAAACCGGCAACACAGCGAUACCGAUCUGCGAUGUGUGGCACGGAGCAGAAAAGCUCUUCUUGUUGUCUGUGCGGGUUUAGUUUUUUCUAAAUCUCUUCCCACAUUGAUUUUUAGAGGGCAGAUUCCCCCCCCCCCCCCCCCCCCCAGAGCACUAGAGCAGGCAUUUAGACAAGAUCUUUGAAACAGAUUUUGUUAGCUGUGUAAAAAGCUCUCAGGAGGCUAACGAUGCUAUUUACUCUGCAAUACAAAAGUAAUUCUGUGAGAAAGCUGACCUUUCUUUAAUUGUGACGCAUUUUGAUUCAUUUUUUCAUAGCAUUACUUGUUUUGUUGUUUUCAAACUAAAGUUCACUUCCCUUCGCGGGCUCCGACUCUUAAGAAAACAUUUAAAAGCUACCCUUAAAACACACUUGUUUCCCUUGGCUUUUGGUAAUGAACAUUUCAUUGUAUUUUUUUUUUUUUUAGGGUUACUUAGAAUUGAUGCUUCACCUGCAUGUGUACAUUAUUACAGCUAUUGUGUCCAAAAACGGCAUUUUUUUUUAAAAGAUGCUGUUUUUAUCGUAUCUUUUUAAUGCAAUGCUUAUGGGUUUUUUUUUAAAUGUGUCUUUUAAUCUAAUGUAAUGUUUUACAUAUAGAAAUUGAAUUGGUUGACUGUGCCAGCUUCUGAAAAGCUGGAUAUGUAAAAAGCCAGAAGGAAAUCCGACUGGUUUAAAUGACCAGGCUGGUCAGGGGUUUGUCUGUUGGGAAAGAUAACAAGCCUGGUAAAUAAUGCAGAUUUAUGAUACAAUAAUGUACCCGAUGUAUUAAAACAAUUGCAAAUACA